AAAUUGCGUGCACACUUGUCAUGAUGGUGGUGACGACCAUAUUUCGCGCCAGCCUUUUCUUACCAUUGAUGGUCAUGGCUACUAUAUUCAUCCAUCUAUUGAGACAAUGUUGCAGAAUUUGUGCGACCAUAUUCCGAAUCAAAAUAAAGAGGCUGAACAUUAUCAUGUAGGAGAAUUAUCCUACCCUCCUCAUGACCAAAACCUUGGUGGUUCACCAACAAAACUUGAGCAAUUAACAGAUAUAGUUGCAGUUGAUCAGGCUUCUAAGGCAGAUUCAUUAGGUAUUUUGGAGCAUUCACCCCAUGACGAAAUAGAAGGAGAAAUAGUUUAUUUACAAUCCAGGCUACUUAAUGAUGUUGCUGCUGUGAACCAGAGAUAUGAAGAUCUUAUGCCUAAGGUUGUCCAGAGUCUUCCUCAAGAAAUGGAUUCUUCCAAUAAAAGAAAAUGGGACCAUAUCAUUGUGAAUCAGUUCCUUCGUGAUAUAAGGGAAGCUAAGAAACGCGGGAGCACAGAGAGGAGGCACAAAGAAGCUCAGGCUAUCCUAGCUGCAACUGCACCUAUUGCUGCACCCACCUCAAAAGAUGUAAACAUUCGGAAAGAGACAGAAAAUGAUGCUGUGCCUGUCAAACAAGAGAGUAUUACCAAAGUCCAUGCUGGAUCUUUAAGAAUCAGCCAAUUGACUUCGUUGCCACAAACAAAGGAUCCAUCAUUUUCUAACAGUAAAGUCUCAGCUGAUACUAAUUUUGGCAUUUUCGAUCUGGCAAAAUUUUCCAAGAAAAAUGGUCUUCCAUGUGAUGUGUGCAUGCGACGUGAGACUGUAUUGAACCGAGUAUUUCUCUGCUCAAGCUGCAAGGCUGCUGUCCACUUGGACUGUUACCAGAGUCGAACGAAUCCCACCGGCCCCUGGAAGUGUGAACGUUGCCAAGAGAUGCUAUCAGAUGCUGUCGUGUCGGAUAGUCAAUCAGACUGCAGUGGUUCAAAAUCCUGGUUGGUGCAGUGCGGUUUGUGCCAUGGUACAUCAGGAUCUCUUCGGAAGACUACAAACGGGCAAUGGGUUCAUGCUUUUUGUGCCGAGUGGCUCCUGGAGAACUCAUUCAAAAGGGGACAAUGCAAUCCAGUAGAUGGAAUGGUGGGUCUUCUUAAGGGGAAAGACACAUGCUCGAUCUGCCAACACAAUGUUGGCACAUGCUUGAAGUGCAGCACCGUAGGCUGUCAAGUUACUUUCCACCCUGCAUGUGCUAGAGAUGCUGGUCUUUACAUGAACACAAAAAAGUUUGGGAGCUUGUGGCAACACAAAGCAUAUUGUAGCAAUCACAGUAUUGAGCAAAAAAAGGUUGACUCUCAACAAUAUGGUCCCGCAGAAGUCAAGAUCAUGAAACAAAUGAGGGUUGAAUUGGAAAGAUUACGUCUUCUUUGCGAGAGGGUUGUUAAAAGAGAAAAGGAGAAGAAAGAGUUGCUUGUAUGUGAACAUGAUAUACUUGCUGUGAAGAGGGACUAUGUUGCCUUCUCGAUGCGGGCUUCAUGUUAUACGCCUGCACCUGGAGCAAGUUCAGAAUCUGCCACUACUUCCGUUAAUAACAAUUCAUAUGGUGGAAAAAGGCAAAGGUCGGAUGAUAUCACAGUGAGAUCAGAUGAUGUGACAGUGGAUAGUACUAUUCCCAGGAAACACACUAUCAGGUUCCCAGUGCAUAGCAAGGACACUGAUAGGAAUACAGCUGACAGUUCGACAUCAACAAUAUCAUAUAAGCGUAAGUUGGAUGAUGUGGAAUCACUCGCUCUUAAGAAUCUUCAAGAAAGAGCAGCUACUGCCAUGCAGAAAUCAGAAGACGGAGAAACAAAGUCAACAGAUAAUGCCAUGCAGAAAUCAGAAGACGGAGAAACAAAGUCAACAGAUAAUGCCUUGCAGAAAUCAGAAGACGGAGAAACAAAGUCAACAGAUAAUGCCUUGCAGAAAUCAGAAGACGGAGAAACAAAGUCAGCAGAUAAAAAGCAUGAGGAAACAGCUAAAAAGGAGCCCGCUAUCACAUCUGACCAAGCUGUGUCGCAGAAACAACACCCUCCAAAGAGACUUGUUUAUACUCGCCGUGGCUCCUCCAAAAAGAAGCAACGGAGUCAGGAUGUUGUAGUACAAGGGCCUGUUGGUGGAUAGCAGCAGCGUAUCGAAGUGGCUCCUUCCUCCAUGGCCAGGGAACAUGGUUUCUUGCCCAGCGUCCGAGAAGCAGAUUGCAGCAAGCGGGGCUGGCCAGUGUUACCAUCUCAUCACACAGCCAAUGGGGCACGGACGGGCGGAGGUUAUAAAAUGGUGUGCACCGAGCCCUGCAGUGUGAUUUGAGCUUCCAGCCAGAAGGUUUUACCCCCUGAGCUGAUGCCACUCAAAUGACGUGGCGGCAUGGGUGAAUUCAUCCACUAAUUAAGUUAUCCGAGGGCAGAUUUUGUGGAAUAUGCUCUGUACGUUUGUCAUCUCUGCAGUCAUUAGUUUAGUCUUGUAACAGAGAACAAGUAGCUACAUCUGGUGGAUGAUGAAAGAAGAGGGAGGGGGUAGUAGGGGGGUUGUCACUGACUGACAUCUGUAGUUGACAAAUUGACUUGUGUAGUUAACGUAGGCCAUCCAUCUGCACAUGAAUUAUCUCUGUACAACAGCAGCAGCAUAUGUAGGCCCGAAUGUACACAGAAUUUGACUGCUCGGUUGAUGAGUAUGCGUGUGGGUGUGCUUACCUUAGCCUGUGACCUUUGAGACGAAACGUUGCCGGUUUCAUGAA